CACACAGCACGUAUCCAUGGAAUUGGAAACCGAACAUUCCCAGCUUCCUGAAGAAGACCCUAACAACAAUUAUCACGCCAAUGUUGACACCUCCAGACCCUUCCGCUCCGUCAAAGAAGCCGUGGCCAUCUUCGGCGACCGCCUCCUUCUUGGAGAAAUGUACUCAUCCCCCAAGCCUCAUGGCAACAAUAUUGUCCAAACAGCUCCUUCAUCGUCAUGGAAGUUGUCGCCGAUGCCGGCUAAUUAUAAAGUAAGCGAAGACGUUAGCAGUUAUGGUGAUGAGGAGGAGAAUGCAGAUGAUAAAGUAGUUAUGGAAACUCUUAAGAAGCUGGAGGCUGAGCUUGAGGAGACCAAGGUGGAGCUGAAGUUGCUGAAGGAGAGAGAGUCCGAAACCGAGGUGGCAUUGGCCUCCUUGAACGCAGAGCUUCACAAGAACAUGUCCAAGUUGGCUCAGGCUGAGGCAAAUACUGCAGCAAUGGCUAGCAAUGUGCUGCACGAGGCUGCAAGAUCAUCGCCAUUUACCGGUACCAGACAUGGUUUGAUGAGGGAGGAAGAGAAGAACAAGAGGGAGUGGAUGAUAAGGAUGGAGGAUUCUACCUCUUUGGCUCAGAUAUUGAGCAUUGGCACUCAGAAAAAUGGAGGAGGAAAAAGAGAAAAGAAAAUAAUGAAGAAGAAGCCUAUUGUCCCUCUUGUGCAAGAUUUUUUUUUCUGGAAAAAAGGAUCUUCAACUCCUCUUCGUAAUCUUUUUAAUUCUUCUCCACAGCUCUACUAUUGAUGGUGAGAAUAUAUGCGGUUUUCUUCGAUAUAUUUCCUUUCCUUUGUAUUUUUUCUCUUUGUUUUGUUUUAAUUAUUUUCUCCAUCUAGAGUGGAAGAAAAAAGUUUUACGGAGUAUGUCGUGUAUUGUAUAUUAAUCCUAUA